AUGGCUCUGAGGGGACCCCACCCCUUGCUCCUGCUGACUCUCGUCCUGCUGGCUGCCUGCUUGGCCCAGUUCAGACCACGACCUGACACCUACCAGCAUUUUGUGAGUGAACACGUUGAUUUCCCCAAGACCAGCGCCCCUAAUGGCCAGAGCUACAGUGACCUCAUGAUGAGGCGCCUAAGCCAGAACACUGAUGUCUGCAAACCCACCCACACCUUCAUCCACGCCCCUGCCAGUCGGCUCUGGGCCAUCUGCACCAGCAGAGGGAGAUGCAACCAAUACAAUGAAUGCAACAGCAUCACAGCCUACCCCCUCACCACCAGUGCUGUCCUUGGAUGCCACCAACACAACGAAUGCGACAGCAACUCGGCUUACCCCCACACCAUGUGCCAGGUGCGCAGCUCCAGCCCAGGGCACUAUUUCCACAGGACCAGAGUUGAGACCCGCAGAAUCUGCAUGGCCUGUAACCAGGAGCGGCUCCACUAA